CGCAUUUCCUUCCCUCCCUUCGAUCCCUCGGGAAUCUGCAUAUCUAAAAAUUGUUCAACUGGGUCGACAACUAAUAUUAUGAGAUGAGACUAUCCAUCCGUGUUGGUACGGCCGCACUCCUGAUCCUCGCCAUCUUCCUGAUCAAGCGCCAUCUCGACACCGUUCAGGAUGAUUCGCGCGUGUCGCUAUCAUCCUUCUGGCGCUUCGGGGGUAGUUCCGCGGGUUCCGACGAGGUCAAUCAGGGUGACCAGGUAGACAAAACGGCCAUGGAAUCGGAUGUGGUCGUCCCUCAGACUUACGAGACCACCCCGAUUAUCGUCCCCAAUGACCGAACGCUUGUGAUGGCCAAGUUGGCUUCGGAGGAUACGUCAUGGGUCGCAAAUGAUUUAGCUGAAUGGCGGAAUGUGAUCUACACGGUUGAUGAUUUGAGCGCCACGCGGCAUACCCCCAUCAAUAAGGGACGCGAAAGUCUGGCAUACCUUCAUUACAUCAUCGAACAUUACCACGACCUCCCAUCGCUCAUCGUGUUCGUCCAUAGCCAUAAAGACGGCUGGCCGGCUGCCUGGCACACCGAUAACAUGGAGUACAGCAACGUCGUGGCGGUCCGCAACCUUCAAGCCGACUUUAUUCAGCAGAGUGGAUACGCCAAUCUCCGAUGCCAGGAAACACCUGGCUGCCCCGAAGAGCUCAGGCCCUUACGGAACCCUCCGCGCCCCGGACAAACGACCGAGGCGGUCUACGCGCAGGCCUGGAAGGAGCUUUUUAACAAUACCGAAGUUCCAGAAGUCAUUGGUGCGCCGUGCUGCUCGCAAUUCGCCGUGUCACGCGACCAGGUCUUGAAGCGUUCUUUCGAAGAAUAUAUGCAGUACUAUAAUUGGGUUUUGACCAAUGACUUGCCGGACGAUGUCACUUCGCGGGUGAUGGAGUAUUCUUGGCAUAUCAUUUUCGGGAAGGAUCCGGUCUACUGCCCCGAUUCACUGCAGUGUUAUGCGGAUGUUUACGGAAACCCGUACUUCUGGUAGUUUUUGUAUAUAUAAAUACCCCUUUCUGGUUUUGUUGUCUGCGUCUCGUUACGAUAUAUGCCGCAAUCUUUAUCUUUAUUUCGAUGUCUAUUGUACAUGCUGAAAGCUUCUUGUUAAAAGUUAUCCGCAU